UCUAGGAAUGUGUCAGCUGUAGCCCUUUUCCUGAAGACGUUGGAGCAUGGUGACUCUUGAUGCGCUGACUCUGGCUUCAGUCCACUCCUUGUGAAGCUCUCCCAAGACAUCACCAAACUCUUGGUUUUAUGCUUUGCAAAGCUUUUCCUCAGCCUUUAAUGCAGUCAAAAAUAAUAUACAAGUUUGAAUCUUUUAUCUGUGAAUUUACUGAUACACAUGUGUGGCUGUUCUCUACAACUACAAAUUCCGCUGUCACAGACGCUCAGUUGUUUUGCACCAAAAAUACCUUCAUAUCAGGGUAUCAAUCAUGAGUCAUGCAGUCAUUGUGCUAUUAUUGCACUGUAAAGUUAUUUAUGGUUUUGAUGAACGGAGAACCCAAGAUGAUGAACGGAGUGUAGCUACGUGAGGAGGACUAUAACGUGCACUAGUACUCCCACGCGCCUCUGAUCGUUCAUUCAGCACCACAGCAACCGAACAGCGACCGCGGUGUGCAUGGGAACGGUUCAUUUUAAAAGCCGUACAGCAGUCGUUUUGUCAGCGCACAUCAUUGCGGUUUUAUCCCACUCUCAUCUGGACGCAUCGAAUGUUAAUAUGUGGACGCCGGUUUACUGAAGGGAUAUACGCUAUAAAGGAACGUCAUAUGUGAUUUGAUCGAGAGCAACGCUCCGCUGAGUUACAUACUUUUUCUCGCGGAUCCUCACCUGUCGUAAAUCAUGAACUACUUUGAAAUUGUUUGCUGUUCAGAAAGCGCAAACCUCAAUCGGGAAAAACAGAAUCGCGACCGUCUCUUGUCGAGGCGAGCGGUCCGCCACACCUGACGGUUUUUCUGCCUCCGGUUGUGACAUGAAAACUCGGACCAGAAAGAAACGGAUGAAAGGACGAAGAGCUGCAAAAGGCCAUGUGGAUUUGAAAGAGAACAUAUCAGAUUAAAGUGGAAUCCCGGAACAAUCCACAAGUCCGAUCGCGACUGACAAUCACAGGCAUGGGGACAGCAAAGAUCAAGAGAUGGUCGGAGCUCUCGCAACCUGUUGUGGAUCCCGAGUAGACAGAGAUUUGAUGUUGAUUAUAUCUAAAUGGCAAUGACUUGGGGGGAAAACACGUGCUUUUGAUUGAUUGAUGUCUUGUUUCUUGAUUUGGGUUUCUUAAUGUAAAUGCAUUCAUUAAUUUGAGGAGCAGCUAUACCGGGAGCAUACACUGGACAUGAGCAUAGAUAAACGCGUUUUUUGGGAAUAUAAAGGUAUAUUUAUAUUGGGGGAAAACACCCUUCAUGGUUGGUUGGUUACCCUGAUUCUGACCCACUCCAGCCAUGGGUUGCCUUCACAGCGUCGCCUGCAAACCCCGAAUUAAACGCGAGAAUAUAGUGGUGUAUGAUGUCUCUGCUACUAUUGACCACUGCCCCACACUGAUCGAGGAGAAUUCACCCAUAGUGCUCCGCUACAAAACUCCGUACUUCAAGGCCUCCGCUCGGAUAGUAAUGCCGCCGAUCCCUCGAAACGAGGCAUGGAUGGUGGGCUGGAUUCAAGCGUGCACGCAAAUGGAAUUCUACAACACUUAUGGAGACCUCGGCAUGUCAAGCUGGGAGCUGCCAGAGUUACGAGAAGGACUGGUGAAGGCCAUCAGCGACUCGGAUGGUGUGAGUUACCCAUGGUACGGAAACACGACUGAAACGGUGACCCUCUCCGGCCCCACAUCCAAACCUUCACGUUUCACUGUCAGCAUGAACGAUAACUUCUACCCCAGCGUAACAUGGGCCGUACCAGUGAGCGAGAGCAAUGUGCCUUUGCUCACGCGGAUCAAACGCGACCAGAGCUUCACCACUUGGCUGGUGGCUUUGAAUAUGGCCACACAGGAGAAGAUCCUCCUGCAGACAGUGAAGUGGAGGAUGAAAGUGGACAUCGCAGUGGACCCCUCGAAGCAGCUGGGCUCUCGAGCAAGACUCACCGGCCGGGUGCACCAGGACCAGCCCAAGGUGUUGACCCAUAUGGAGCCGAUCCCUCCUAACGCUUUGGGUAAACCCAAUGCUAAUGACGCACAAGUGCUAAUGUGGAGGCCCAAGCGAGGACCACCAUUAGUGGUGAUUCCCUCUAAGUAGCAGGUUGUGGCAAAAAUGAAAGGUUUUUAAUCAAAAUAGUCAAUCUGCCUUAAAUCCACACUGCUGCCUUUAAAGAGAUACUUUGUUCUUCAACAGCCUUGGAGACACUUAAAGGGAGAGUUCAUUCAAAAGAUGAAAAUUAAUGAGUUGUAUGAUGUUUGCUCCUUCUGUGGAACACACAUGAAGAUAAUUUAAACUAUGUUUUUGUCCAUCCAAUGAAAACAUUGGACCCUACUGACUGGGGAAAAACCCAUACACUGAAAUGUUUUGCAUUCCACAAAAGAAAGAAAGUCAGACAGGUUAUGGCGAAAUUAUAGUUUGGGUGAACUGUCCCUUUAAUUUGAUACUGACAUAUGCCUUAAACCCGCAGAUUCAAGUGCAGGAGAAGAAUCCUUAAUUCUGCGCUACAUAAAGGGAUACUGGACCAAACCUGGCUUAAUUUACUCACAUUCAUGUAAUUGCAAACCUGUAUGACUAAUACACACAAAUAUUUAUACAAGCAUAUAGAGCAGCAAGCUUUACAUUCUAAUUAUAGAUACACAAUGUUGCAAAACAAAAGAAGCAGUUGUGCAUGAAUGCAUGACUUCAGAAGAUCUACAGCUGAAUUCAGCAUUGCCUUUCAGUUCAGUCAGUGUUUCUGAAAGUUAAGUUUGAAGACAGCAGAAAGCUUUAACCAUCAGAUGUGUUUGCUAUUCAGCACAGCAUAAAUUUAAGUAAGAAGAAUCAUAAUAACCUGGGGCCUAGUGUAUAAAAAUCUCUGUAGAGUUCAUCCUGAAAGUAUACGUAUGCACAAAAGCUAGUCAAGAGCAUCCGUACGGUGCGCGCAUAUUUACGCCAAGUUUAUUUUUUAUGAAUCCAGAUACCUGCGUGAAAAACAGUGUAUAUCAACAGCUGAUAUGGGUAUAGAAGUGUGUAUGCUGUUUUCCACGCACAUUUAUA